CUGAAGAAGGCAUACACAUAAUAGUGACACAGCAGUUAAAAAAUCAAUUUUGGAGCGAAACCGCAUCAUCACUUUUUCAGUGCUCAGCUACGUUCAACAAACCCAACUCCCUCUCACUCAUUCAGAUCUGUUCACUUCUCUUCGCCGUCUGCUCCGCCACCUCCGCCGCUCACAACCACCUUGGUUUUUGAAUUGGCAAAGUCUAUAGGUGAGUGACUUGCAGAGAUGGGAAUGCGACCCCGUAAAUCGGGUGAGGAGGGACAGGAGGAGGAGGAAGAGGAGGAGGAGGAGCUGCCAGGCUGUGGAACCACGGGUUCAGGACAAUCGGGGUCGACUAGUAAGAGUGCUGGGUUGGCAACGCCAGCUGGUGAUAGCACCUGUCUCAAAUUAGACCAUCUUGACAUACAAGGCGAUGAUGCUGGAUCGCAGGGGCCAGUUGGUAGCAAGAAGAAAAAGAGAGGUCAACGGGCAGUUGGACCUGAUAAAAGUGGAAGAGGGCUCCGUCAAUUUAGUAUGAAAGUUUGUGAGAAGGUAGAAAGCAAGGGAAGAACAACUUACAAUGAGGUAGCAGAUGAACUUGUGGCUGAAUUUGCUGAUCCAGGCAACAGUGAUUUGUCUCCUGAUCAGCAACAAUAUUAUGAGAAAAAUAUCCGUAGAAGGGUCUAUGAUGCUCUGAACGUUCUCAUGGCAAUGGAUAUUAUUUCGAAGGAUAAAAAGGAAAUACAAUGGAAGGGUCUUCCUCGUACUAGUGUGAACGAUAUUGAAGAACUAAAGUCAGAACGUCUUGUGCUCAGGAGUAAAAUUGAGAAGAAAACAGCAUAUUUGCAUGAGCUGGAGGAGCAAUUUGUAGGUAUUCAGAACCUUAUAAAAAGAAAUGAGCAAUUAUAUAGCUCAGAAAACCCUCCCAGUGGUGUAUCUUUACCUUUUAUUCUGGUACAGACACGUCCUCAUGCAACUGUUGAAGUGGAAAUAUCAGAAGAUAUGCAGCUUGUGCAUUUUGAUUUCAAUAGUACUCCUUUUGAGCUGCAUGAUGACAACUAUGUGCUAAAGGCAAUGAAGUUCUGUGGGAGACCACAGAGUGAUAAUACGACACACAAUCUUGCCGAUGGAGGUGAAGGUUCUAGCAUGUCAGGCUUGAAUCAGUCACAAGUUCCUCCUUCAGUUACGAAUCUUCCAGCUAGGCCUCCCACAUCACCUCCACUCCCUGGGAUAUUGAAGGCAAGAGUUAAGAAUGAGCCUUAAUAAGCAAUUUUAUCUUCUCAUGUUGCCUCAUUUAAGCAUGUUUGUAUAUUUGUAAAAUUUGCCGGAAAUCAAUAGGAUAGAUAGUCAGUAGUACAGCCAAGUCAUUCUGUAGGUUAAGAUCAACCUGUAUGCUUCUUUAUUGUUAGGGUUAGACACUUGCAAAUUCUUUGGUUUCCUUCCAUAAUUUCUGUAUGUUUAGUAGUCCAUAGAUGAUAGAUCAUGGAAUGGAAUCAGCAUACAACUAAUUUCGGUAUUCAGCUAUCCAUAGUGUAAAGUUUUCUAGUCUAUGUCUAAUACUUGGUGGUGUUUGGGCCAGUGCUUGGUCUCUUGCAUGCCUUCCUUGCCUUGUAGCAUUUACUAGAUAGAGAUAACAGUUGCAGUUUGAAAGAGAUGCUUUAUACACAGCAUUCUCUUGGAACUGAAUAAUUGGUUUAUUUCUUA